AUGCCGGCACAUACAUGGGUUGACAUAUCAAUGGAUUUCAUCUAUGGCCUCCCUCUUUCAGAUGGUAAGAAUGCAAUCAUGGUGGUGGUUGAUCGGCUAUCCAAAUAUGGGCACUUUGUUGCUCUGACGCACCCAUACAAUGCUCCGAUCAUCGCGGAAGCCUUCACCAAAGAGAUAUACCGUAUGCAUGGUUUACCUUGUUCCAUAGUCAGCGAUAGAGACCCUAUCUUCACAAGCCAUUUCUGGGAAACCUUAUUCAAACUUCAAGGGACGAAAUUGUGUGGGAGCUCGGCCUACCACCCUCAAUCAGAUGGCCAAAAUGAGGUUGUAAACCGUUCCAUUGAACAUUACCUCAGAUGCUUUGUGGCUGACAAACCCAAUUCCUGGUCCAAUCUACUCCACUGGGCAGAAUGGUGGGUCUCUGAGCUUCAUUGUUGUUCUGGGUUUAUGAGUUUCAUUGUGGCUUUCAAGUGUUGCAGAUUAGGCAUAAAUGAUAUGGACCGAUUUGUGGAUGACGGAUCUUUAGAGGAUAGUUUUGAAUCAUUCUUAUCAGAUGAUGAUGCUGACCCUAGGGGUAGAGUUGCUCGGCGUUCAGAUGUCAGCAGUGGCUUCACUUUUUCGGAAGUCGGGGUUAUUCCUGCAAGUUCAAGUGAAGUCGAGUGCUGUCACUUCUCAGCAGAUGGGAAAACACUUGCCACUGGUGGGCAUGAUCGAAACGCUGUAUUGUGGUGCACAGAGCCCUUGGCUGUAAAGUCUACGCUUGAAGAGCAUUCUCAGUGGAUAACGGAUGUUCGAUUCAGUCCUAGUAUGUCAAGGCUAGCUACAUCUUCCGCUGACAAAACUGUCAGGGUUUGGGAUGUUGAUAAUCCUGGUUAUUCACUUCGUACUUUUACGGGGCAUUCUACAACUGUUAUGUCACUUGACUUCCACCCUGCUAAAGAGGAUCUUCUGUGCUCUUGUGAUAGCAACAGUGAGAUAAGAUACUGGAGUUUCAAGAAUGGUUGUUGUGUUGGAGUUUCCAGGGGUGGUGCAACUCAGAUGAGGUUUCAACCUCGUCUUGGAAGGAUGCUUGCUGCUGCAGGUGAUACUCUUGUAUCCAUAAUUGAUGUAGAGACCGCAUGUUGCACGCUUAAAUUACUGGGUCAUAAGAACCUUGUCAAUUCUCUGUGCUGGGAUUCUUCUGGUGAGUAUCUUGCCUCUGUGAGUGAUGACUCGGUUAGAGUAUGGGCAGUUGGCUCCAGUAGCAAAGGCGAAUGCCUUUACGAGUUACCGUGUUCUGGCAACAAAUUUCAGACAUGCGUCUUCCAUCCUACUUAUCCAUCAUUGUUGGUAAUCGGCUGUUAUGAGACAUUGGAACUUUGGAACAUGAGCGAGAACAAGACAAUGACCUUGCAUGCACAUGACAAGCUAGUAUCUUCUUUGGCGGCGUCAAGUUCUACUGGCAUGGUAGCUUCAGCUAGCCAUGAUAAGUGCGUGAAGCUAUGGAAGUGAUUUAGUCUUUAUCUACCAUCUGCAUCACGCAUCCUGAAAUAGUUGGCCACAACAUGCUUUUGUUAGUUAUCUAUAUUCGGUUAUACUAUGUCAUAGAGGGUUUUUAGAUCUUAGCAGCCCCAGUUUAACCCAUAGAAGUGCCUACUUGCGAUGUCAGCAACAAAUGCUUGUAAUAUAAAAGUAUCAAACGACGAUGGUUUUGUUAGACAACCUCGAGCAAUUUGAUGGCCCUCUGUGGCUCAUGGUGCUUGGCAAACUAAAGCUUAAUAGUUAUCAUUAUCCAACUAA